GCCCACAGCGCCCGCCCGCCGCCGCCGGCCCGCGGGAGGAACCGGCCCGCGGCCGCCGCGAAGAGCUCCGGUUCGCCCCACCGCCCACCAGAUAGAUGUGCGGUCCAGCCGCCCGCACGGCCGACGAUGAACGCGCAGCUGGCGAUGGAGAACAUCGGCGAUCUGCACGGGGUGAGCCAUGAGCCGGUGCCCGCCGCCGCCGACCUGAUGAGCGGCAGCCCCCACCACCGGAGCGCGGUGGCCCACCGCGGCAGCCACCUGCCAGCCCACCCGCGCUCCAUGGGCAUGGCGUCCAUCCUCGACGGCGGCGACUACCACCAUCACCACCGGCCGCCAGACCACGCGCUGACGGGCCCCCUGCACCCCACGAUGACCAUGGCCUGCGAGACACCCCCUGGCAUGAGCAUGAGCAGUACCUACACCACAUUGACCCCUCUGCAGCCUCUACCUCCCAUCUCGACCGUCUCGGACAAGUUUCCUCACCAUCACCACCACCAUCAUCACCACCAUCACCCCCACCAGCGGAUACCGGGCAACGUGAGCGGCAGCUUCACGCUCAUGCGGGACGAGAGGGGUCUGGCGUCUAUGAACAAUCUCUACACACCCUACCAUAAGGAUGUUACCGGCAUGGGGCAAAGCCUCUCUCCGUUGUCUGGAUCGGGCCUGGGAAGCAUCCACAACUCCCAGCAAGGGCUGCCCCACUAUGCUCACCCCAGUGCCACCAUGCCCGCAGAGAAAAUGCUCACCCCAAACGGAUUCGAAGCCCACCACCCUGCCAUGUUAGCCAGGCAUGGCGACCAACACCUCACCCCCACCUCCGCUGGCAUGGUGCCUAUCAACGGGAUCCCACACCACCCCCAUGCCCACUUGAAUGCCCAGAGCCACGGGCAGAUCCUGGGCUCUGCCAGGGAACAAAACCCUUCUGUAACUGGUUCGCAGGUCAACAGUGGAAGUAAUUCAGGGCAAAUGGAAGAAAUCAAUACCAAAGAAGUAGCUCAGAGGAUCACCACCGAGCUCAAGCGGUACAGCAUCCCCCAGGCUAUCUUCGCCCAGAGGGUGCUGUGCCGCUCACAAGGGACCCUCUCAGACCUGCUGAGGAACCCCAAGCCCUGGAGCAAGCUCAAAUCCGGCCGGGAGACCUUCCGCAGGAUGUGGAAGUGGCUCCAGGAGCCAGAGUUUCAGCGGAUGUCUGCUCUGCGGCUGGCAGCGUGCAAGAGGAAAGAACAAGAGCACGGGAAGGAUAGAGGGAAUACACCCAAAAAGCCUCGGCUGGUCUUCACGGAUGUCCAGCGUCGAACUCUACAUGCAAUAUUCAAGGAAAAUAAGCGUCCAUCCAAAGAAUUACAAAUUACCAUUUCCCAGCAGCUUGGGUUGGAGCUGAGCACCGUCAGCAACUUUUUCAUGAAUGCGCGGAGGAGGAGUCUGGAUAAGUGGCAAGACGAGGGCAGCUCCAAUUCAGGCAACUCAUCUUCUUCAUCAAGCACUUGUACCAAAGCAUGAAGGAAUAACCACAAACUAAACCUCGGUGGAAAAGCUUUAAAAAAAUAAAAUAAAUAAAUAAAUAAAGACAGACCAGGACCUCAAGAUAGCAGGUUUAUACUUAGAACUAUUUGAAAAAAAAUGUUAUUUAUAAGUCCAAAGAAACCAAAGACUUAUUUCACCUGCAUUAUGACUUUGUUCUAAGACACACACUUUAGUAGGAUGACGACUUGCAAAAAAUAGAGAGGGAGAAGAAAGUGAAGCAGAGGGAAUGAAAGGAAACACAAAGAGAAGAGAAGCAGACCGCUGGUUUUACACCUUCGCCCAUGAUCAUCUUCACCGUACUUGGCUGUUUAGUGGUUUGGAGCAUAGUGAUUUCUUGUCAUUGAAUGGACAUCUCUUCAGACAUGGCUCUUCAUUUCCACAGCGACUGCCGUGAAGGUGUAUGUUGUGUCUGUACCGCCAGUGGUUAGGAACUUAGGCAGGGCUGGUCUUCAGAGAGGGUUGUGCCACGGCACGACUGACAAAGCGUGGAGUCGUCUGGAUUCAUUUGAACGGUAGUGUGAUUUUUGCUGUUUCAUGGUUUGAACUUAACCAGUGCAACACCUGGGAACAAGUUCAAACUAGGCAAAGAAAUUUUGAAUGGUACCUAAACCAGUGCAUUCUCUUUGUUUGUUAAGGAAUGUUCAGAUUUAAAAAAAGGAAAACUAUUCCAUCCAUUAAAAAAAAAAAUCAACUAGCUACCAAAGAACACAUUUAAUAAUUAUAUUGCAGGUAUUUUAUUGCAAUGAUUUUAAUAUUCCAAAGCUAUUUUUACACAAAAUACUAUGUAGAGUUAUAGGUAUAAACUAAUCUAACUGUAUAACACAGAAAACUUGUAAUCAAGACUGUUAUUUGCAAUUAGCAAAACCACAUUAUUGUUUCUUUCCAUGGCUGGCAAGAAAGAAUGUCACCCAAAGAGACUGCAGCCCCAGUCACGGCACAGGUACCGGCAGUGGGGUGCUGCUCCCACUGAAGUUGGAAGCCCUUUUGCUGCCGACUUCACUGGGAGCAAACAAGGGGCCCUUAGAUCCCUGGGGAAGCUGGUGGCAGCUGCCACGGGUGCCCCCUGUGUGCCACUUCCAUCCCAUCCCAGGCUGGAGCCGGAGCUGCUGCUGUGCUGGGCUUGCAGGAAGCCAAAGUGAACAGAAUUGUGAAAUGCAGACCCACAGGACUCAGCAUCUGAUCAAUACUCAUUGAUGUUGGGGUGAGCUUUUUUUUUUUUUUUUUUUUACCUAUUGACUUUACUAGGCAAAGGAACAGUAGCAGUAGCUUUGAAGGCUCAUGGUCUUUUCCUACUGAAAACCGUGGUGCAACAUCAGUUCGUGUUGGUGGGAAGAGCUCCGACAGGAGCUGCAGUGGGGCUUUUGGAAGGCUGAAUCAUGGUGCCUCUGAAGUCAAUAGCAAAAUUCCCAUGACACUGAGAUGCAGCCUGAUGCUUUGUGGCUGCAUAUCUGUGUGUAGCAAGCUGAGCUCUUGUCCUGUGCAUUCUUUCUUGUCAUCCAUUAAUCAGGAUAAUGCAUGAAAUAGUUUUAAAUUUUUAGAUUAAAAGCUUUAAAUGCUCUGUUGCUAACAGACCCAUAGAAGAGAAAUCAUCCCGUUCCUACUCUGGUAAAAUAAAAAAGGAAAGUGUGCAACAUCUGCAUAUUAAAUUUUAGUGUAAGGGGACAAUAGAGUUUAAAAACCAUAGGUAUGCCUGUUAGAUUUCUAACCAGUGUUUCAAAUUUCUUUAGUGAUUCUUCAAGGUAUACUCAGUUCUGAAGCAACUAAAUAUGCAGGUAUAGUCCCAACACAAGGAUUAGAAAUAGGCAAUCUUUAUUGCAACCUCUAAAAAACCCCAAACAAACAACCAAAAAAACAGAGAGAGAAAGGAAAAUUCAAGGCAAACUAGAAUCCAACCACCAUCAACAAGAUGAAGCCCAUUCAAAAUACUAGGAACACCAAAGUUAGAUAACUUCAUAGCACCAGUUGUUUCCCAAGAGGACAGGGUCUAGUCAAGGUUCAGGGUAUACAGUUAAUUUCCAGUAAGUAUUUAGAAUACAGCUGAAAUAUCUUGUUAUUAAAAUGAAGUAAAAUAAAACCAAGGUUUUUGGCACCAAAUGUUUCUCCACAUUUUCCUACAUUAACCUCACUUUAAGACUGACAAAGCAACUGUCUGCAAAAAUGUAGUCUAAUCCAUGAGUUUUUCCAGUCUCUAGCUUAAAUUUUAACAAGCUUUCUUUUUAAGUGUUCCAUCCCCACAGAGACAUAAUUGACAUGGAAAUAUUAAUAAGCUCACUUAUAAAGUAUAUUAUGAAUGCAGUCUCAUUAGUGUAAGGUUAAUAAAGGACAGUAAUAAUUAACUUUUUUUUUUCCAGCAAACCACUGCUUUUUAACGUACCUAUAGUUUAGAAAAUAAAGCCUUAUUUAUUUAAAACUUGAGAAUUUAAAAAUGCAGGGAAAUUCAAAGUACGUUGAGGCAUUCUUUUAGUAUUUCCAUUGUACUGUCUUUAGAGACUACUUGCUGAAACCAAAGAGAACUUUCAUACCAGCAUUAAAUUUGCACCCAAUAUGCAAUUUCAGGAUCUCAGACACAGACACAUGCAAGCCCCUGGUCUUGUAUAAGGGUCUAUGUAUACACACAUAUAUUUUUGUGGAGGUAUCUGUGUGUAUACACAUGCACAUAUACAUCCACACAAAACCGAUGCACAAGUUCUAGAUUUUAAGUGUUUUGGUUGUUUUUACAUGUCUGUUUAAGUAUAUAUAAACCUUUUGGUUUCUUAUAAGCCAUUAGGAACAAAACCACUCUUCCCAUAAGCAAUAUGUUCCUCAUACUCUGAAUAGGCAAAGAACACACUUUUCUUUAAUCCUUUUCAACACAUGAAGCAAAUAACUAUGGGACUGCUUAUUCUACCUGUAAAGCUGUUUAACCUCUGAGCAGACUGCCCAGCUGCAUGGACUGAAACCCAGACAGGUUCCCUGGUUCUCCCUGGCUUGGAUCAUUGCUGUUCCUUGGCAUAGCAUCCUCAGAGGGCUGCUGCUUUCUAAUGCUGUGCUUAACAUUCCACAGGACAUCCUGGUAGUGUUAGGCUUUUGGUCCACUUCGUUCCUGACAAAAUGGAAAUUAGUUUCAAAUUUAAAAUAAAAAAAAUAAAAAAAAAAAAAAAAAAAAAAAGGACUUAAAAAUCUGCCAGGAAGGGUUAGGAGAGGGAGCAGAAUCUGAAACAAUUUGGAAGCAUGGGGAGAAGGGGCCUCAGUCAUAGGAGGCUCCAUGGGUGAGAAGAGGGCAUCAGGAAUGUGCAUUCAGCUCGCAGGCUGCAUCCAAACCUGACCACAGGGACCAUGAGGGGAGGCUGGCAAAGAAGUGAACUGUCCACAUCCAUCCCCAUUGUAAAUGGCAUUAUUAGCUUUCCAGGGAAAAAAAGAAUAAAUAUUCCAACUGACCCACACCUCUGUGUUAGCCCCCACGUCCCCUUCCAGGCACCUCAGCUUCCUUUCCUUACUCAGGUAACACUAACCCAAAAGAGUGAGCAAGCCCACUCCUGGGGCUUUCCCUUGGGAAUUUGCUUCUGCCUCAACCAGAGCCAGAAGCAAGUUCCCAAGCAGGCAAACGGGAAUGCCUCGUUUGCCCCAGCAUGGGGCUGGCCCAGGGCUGCCCACAGACACCGCUCUUCUCCUGAGAGGGAUUUCAGGACAAGGCCAGGGUGGCCAGGGGGGCUACUGCUGCCUGGAGGGCUUGGAAACACCUCUGAGCUUAUACCAAAGAGUCUUAGGACAUCUCUCCUCACCUGAGUUGUAAACAAGACAUUUUUACCCCUGAAAACAGUCCUUCUUUAUACUACCCUUCCUCCUAUCUUCCUCCUAUCUUCCUCCUCCUUUGUACAUAAGGAUGAAAACUAUGCAUUUAGCAAACAAAGAGAAAGCACUUACCCUUUUCUAUCUCGCUGCGUUUGGGUGCAUUCAAAGGCCCAGGGGCUAAUUUUGAGAUUUUUGCUUAGCCUCCUGGUUUAUUAUUGUGGUGUGGUUAGCUUUACAAUACAUUUGGUAACUUUUUGCUAAAGACAGAGAAGCAAAAGGUAAGGAAUAGCUACUUCCACGUGUUAAAAAAAAAAAAAAA